UCCGAGUCUGCAUAGGUUUGCCCCCUAGUGUUUCCCCGUGUUCUGCUUUUGUUCAACUUAGGGCUGAGCUUCUGCAUAGGACUUUAGCAUAUAUAAAUAUAUAUCUCUUCGUUAAUACAACAGUAGUAUUAUUGGUCUGCUCCCUUAUUCUUUACCAGGCAAAAUUCCAACUAUACGCUUCAUUUUUCCAGCUUCAUCUUCUCAAAGAUUUCAUCUUCAAUACUACUCAGGAUACAGGGUUUUCUAUCCGUUAUAGUGGAGCUGGACAAGCUGGCCAUUGACAAUCAACACCAGCAGCACCACCACCACCAGAUUUUUGGGGUCGUCGAGGCCAGCCAUAUCCAUAAGAAAGUCAUGGUUAGCCCCAUAGGGCGAAUGGAGGAGGACGAUAUGGGUCCGCCGUGGUUGGUACCAAUGCUGAGAGCAAGCUACUUUAUUCCGUGCCCAAUUCAUGGGGAUGCCAAUAAAAGCGAAUGCAACUUGUUCUGUUUGGAUUGCAUGAGGAAUGCUCUGUGUUCUUACUGUUUGAUUAACCACAAGGAUCACCGGGUUGUUCAGAUAAGGCGAUCCUCUUACCAUAACGUGGUGAGAGUUAGUGAGAUACAGAAGUUCAUAGACAUAUCUUGCGUACAGACCUACAUCAUCAAUAGCGCCAAGAUUGUCUUCCUCAACGAGAGGCCCCAGCCAAGGCCUGGAAAGGGGGUCACCAACACUUGUGAGAUUUGUUGUAGAAGCCUCCUUGAUUCCUUCAGAUUCUGUUCUCUUGGUUGCAAGCUUGGAGCCAUGAAGAGGGGUGAUCCAGACCUCACAUUUACUUUGAGAGCAAAGCAUACAAGGGAUUCGUUCUAUGGUGGGUCCGAAUCAGAUGAAUCGUCAACCCCAAAGAAGAUACGAAAGACCCCUCUUUUCAAUCGUAUGAUGGAUGGACUGCCAUUGUCUUCUGACAGCCAUAAAAACGAUGGUCGAGAGAGGUACUCUAGUUCUGGAGAUGAGGCUAAUAAUACCAUUUCUCCAGCAACUCCUCCCAUUUUCAACCACCACAAUGCCAGGAGGAGAAAGGGUAUACCUCAUCGCGCUCCAUUUUGAGAUUUGACAACGGACUGCCAAAUUUUUUGUUUUAAAAAAGACACAAAAUUUCAGAAGAAAAAAGGAACCCCAAGAAAAAAAAAGGUUUGAAAGGCUGAUAUGAAAUUAGAAGAAAUAAAACUGAAACGAAAAUAUCAUUUGUUUACAAUCAGGAAUGUGAAAUGUGGUAUAGGAAUAGCAUAGUAGGACAGUUUCUUUCUUGUGUAAAUACUGGAAAAAAAAAAUGCUGAAUCAAGCGUUUUAUCAAGAAAUAGUUGGUGAUUACAGUGGGGAUUAUACGAUGGCCAUGUAUCCAUGUACAUAAUAAACGUUAUAUGGGUCUUCCUUUCUCUGUUUUAAAAACUGCAGAAGGCCAUGUUAAUUGUUAACAUUGUGCAUAUAAAUGUAAUACUAUCUUUUUAAAGUUAUUAUGUGAUUCUUGGUUCAUUU